AAAAAGAUAAGCAAAAGAAGAAGAGAAGAUAGAACACGAACUGUCUGACUGACAGGACGGUCCACCACUUAAUUUCCCCGAAGGACCGAGGUCGAGGUCCCACAUGUCAUGCACCCACCCCUUCCACUCGUCUCCCCGGCUUCCUGUUCCUAUUCAUCCUCCGAUGGUCCGAUCCCAGCACCAAUCCACCACCAUGGCCACCACCUCCACCUCCGGCGACCCCGCCGCCGCCAGCGAACAAGCCCCAUCCCCAUCACAGGAGCGCGCUCAGCGUCGCCACCCGACCCCCCGCAUCUGUCACAUCGUGCGCACCUACCUCGACCUCUCUUCCAAUUCCAAGAAGCGGCGCGCAGCUCCCAAGAGCCAGCCCAAGGCUGGCGGCCAAGAAACGAAUGAGGCCAGAGACGAAACGGACGGGGGAAAGGCGGGGGCGCCCCCGGCGCAGCCGUCGCGACUGCUCCGGGAGCUGGGAAUCCGCGUCUCCCGCUACACGCACGAGGAGCGCCGGGACAUCAUCCUCCGCUACAUGCAGAAGCGGAGCGGCCGCCAGGCCGUCAACCGCGCGGCCAGUAAGGUCCCAUCGCGGCAGGCUCUGGCGGAGCGGCGGCGAAGGGGGGCAGGUGGGAAGUUCCUCGGCAAGGAGGACGUGCAGACUGCAGAUAAACCCGAAGAAAAGCUGGAAGAAGAGCCAGAACUGCCACCAGAUGUUGUCUCGAAUGCUGGAGGAGUACCCAUAGUUGGAAUGGUUUUUGAGAAUGAAGAAAAAGCAUACGAAUAUUAUGUUAGUUAUGCAGGAAAUGUGGGAUUUAGUGUACGAAAAGGAUGGUGGGACAAAACUUCUAAAAGUGCCACUAGGUCAAGGGUCUAUGUCUGUUCUAGGGAGGGCUUUCGCUCGAAGAAUGAGGCCAAGAGGCCUCGCCCAGAGACAAGGAUGGGUUGCCCUGCACGAAUAGCUAUUAAGUUAACACCUAUUGGUAAAUAUCGAGUAACGGAAUUUGUGGAGGAUCAUAAUCACCAGCUUGCUGCACCAUUUGAUAUUGAGAUGCUGAAGUCACAGAGAGUGCUGACCAAGGUUCAACCUGGAAACCAAAAUGCUAGUAACAUUCCUCCAGGGUACAAGAAUUAUCUUCGGUCCAAGUCUACAAAAGAUAUGAAAUCAGGGGAUCUCAGAGCUCUGAUGGAUUAUUUCCGAAGAAUGAAGAGUGACAAUCCCUCGUUUUAUUAUGCCAUUCAGGUGGAUGAAAAUGACAAAGCGGCUAAUGUCUUCUGGGCUGAUGCAAGAUCAAUCAUGGACUAUCACUACUUCUGUGACGUGAUCUGCUUCGACAUGAUCUACAAAGUGAAUGACUGCAGCAGGCCCUUAGCUUUGUUUCUAGGAAUGAACCAUCAUAGGCAAAUGGUCAUAUUUGGUGCUGCUUUUCUGUAUGAUGAGACUGUUGAAUCUUUCAAGUGGCUUCUUGAGACCUUUAAGAGUGCCAUGUGUGGGAAACAACCAAAGGUAAUUUUGACAGAUCGAUCUGCGCCUUUGAAGGAAGCACUGAGUCUCACUUGGCCUGGUACUAUUCGCCGUUCCUGUGUGUGGCAAAUAUACCUGGAGACUGUUAAGUCCUUAGCAGAUAUUUUUAGCACUUCUGAAGAAUUCACAUAUGAUUUUAGACACUGUGUAUUUGAUAUCGAGGAUGAACAAGAGUUUGUUGACACAUGGAAUGUGAUAAUGGAGAAAUACGACCUUAAAGAGAAUGAAUGGUUAACUAAGCUUUAUGAAGAUCGGGAAAACUGGGCCUUGCCAUACAGUCUGCAAAUAUUCUCUGGGGACAUUAAAAGCAUGCUACAGGCUGAGAAUUUUGGCACUAGGCUCAAAGAGUACUUGGGUUGCGAUACUGAUAUAUCCCUUUUUCUGAAGUUCUUUGAAAGUUCAGGAGAGAAGAGGAGACAAGAAGAGAUGCAAGCUGAUUACCAAGCCAAUCAAGCAGCGCCAAGAAUAUCUUUGCCAUUUCUAUGGCAGGCUGCGAAUUUGUAUACCCCAGUAAAUUUUGAGUUAUUUAGAAAGGAAUAUGAACUAAGUGUGGACUGUAUGGCUUAUGGCUGUGGGGAGUUUGGCUCUCUUUCUGAAUAUAUGGUUACCGUCAAGAACAAAACUAAGGACCAGCUUGUGCGAUUUGACUCAUUAGAUGAUACAGUUGCAUGCACUUGUAAAAAAUUUGAAAAUGCUGGAUUAGUAUGCUGCCAUAUAUUAAAAGUGUAUGAGUUGAGAAAUGUUAAAGAGAUUCCCGCACAGUAUUUUCUGAAGAGGUGGAGGAAAGAUGUAAAGUUGGUGAGAAUGGAUGAAAUUGCUGAGUUUAAUUUUGACAGUGACACAAAAUCUUCUGUUCCAGGACGUUAUUCAGUUCUAUGCCGCUUGUUCUAUAAGAUUGCUGCCAAGGCUGCAGAGAACAUAGAGACAUUUGCUCUGAUGGCAAGCCAGUCAGAUCAACUUCUUGCAGAAGUAGAAACAACUUUGCAAUCUACACUGGCUGACAAGUCAUCUGGAUUUUCCAUCAAGGACCAGUUAACUCACAUGGUCCAGAAUGGCUAUCUACUUAGUAGUGGCAAUGAAGCUCAGAGUUCUACUGGAAAGAAGUGUGAAGUUGCUCGCCGUAAAAAUGAUUUGGAAACUAAUAAGCGAAAGAAAGCAAGAAAAGGGCAACCUGAUGAAACAGAGGCUGGACCAAGAGAAGGAGAGCUGAAUAUUACACCAGGAAGUAACCAAUCAGAGCCAAAGAAUGCAUCAAACCCAUUCCUCCCAGAUCAAUUAAUGCAGGGACAUUAUGUACUUGGUCACAACUUUGGGCUUGGUAGCUCACAGAACCUUCAUGAUAAUUUGAAUCAGUUUGGUCAGGCCUCCUCUGUUUCAACCCUGCAACAGCAGCCAUUUCCUGGGAAUGGUCAUCUCACCCAAGGAUAUCCUGGUGAUAUGCAUGCGUUGCAAUUUGUGGAGACAACUCCCCAAAUCGACAAUCAGAAUGGUGAUCAGGGUCAGUCAUCAAUACCAGUGUGGGAUUUUCUUUGAUGCACCACCUUAGAUAGAAUUUCAGUAGGUAAAAAAGUGAUAGCCUCCUGCUUGGGCACUUUGUUAUCCUUCCCAACACGCAAGAGGGUCACAGUUCACCUAGGUUGAAAGAACAUAGGACUGCUGGUCUCUCAGUGACAGGUUUUCAUCUUCCAUUUUCAUUAUCAUGAGCUGCCUUAGAACUAGAUAUGUAUGGUGGAAUUCGGUGUACUAGGAGCUGAAUUUUCAUUUUCCUUAAGUUGUCCAUCCCAAAAGGGGCUUAUGUAUAUAAUUGGCUAUCUGUAAAAUUGUGAAUACUAGAUUAGGUUGCUCCCAGCGAUGCCGAAUGCAUUAUUACGGCACAAUAUAUUCUGUCAGGGAUUGUAACUAGCGAGGGCUGUUCACCUUAUACUAACUAGCAAAAUGGCCCGUGCAAUUCUCGGUUAGAUUUGAAAUAUAUAACUCGAAUUCUUGUGACA